UCAUUUCGUUUAUUAUUAUUGCGCAUGUGCAAGUUCUAUCUUCAGCGAACUUGUAAAAUUUUAUGUUAAAAGAAAAUCGACAUAACACAUUAAAUAUACAAAAAUGGCAACACUAGCGAGAACUCUUCGGCCAGUUUUUCGGUGUCUCCGAAGUCAAACAAGAUCUUAUGCCGAAGCAUCUGGAAAUGAGAUGAAAUUCACAUUUGCUGGUGCUAACCAAGUUUUCUAUGACAAUGUUAGUAUUCGUCAAGUAGACGUUCCUUCAUUCUCUGGGUCAUUUGGUAUUUUACCUAAACACGUACCCACCUUGGCUGUUCUUAAACCUGGAGUUGUAACAGUUUAUCAAGAUGAUGGUUCAACUAAAAAAGUAUUUGUGUCUUCUGGAACCGUUACCAUAAAUGAAGAUUCUAGCGUUCAAAUUUUAGCUGAAGAAGCACAUCCUGUUGAAAAUAUCGACAAUUCAGCAGCAAGAGAUAUUCUAAGCAAAGCUCAGCAACAAUUAAAUUCAGCUUCAUCAGACAAAGAUAAAGCUGAAGCUGCUAUUGCCGUUGAAGUUGCAGAAGCAUUAGUCCAAGCAUCUGCUUAAAUUAUUGUAUUUAAUUAAACAAAAAAAACGUAACUACAACAAUUGAUUUGUUAAUUCAUUAAUGAAUUAUAAUUAGCGAUAUACGUUAAUUUAUAAUUUAUUAUAACACAGUACCAUACCGUGUUUAAAUAUUAAAAUUAGUGAUGUUAAUAAACGUCAUUGUAACAGUUCA